AUUGGGAUGUGUUUUGUUAGCAGGUGAUUCGGAUUCCUUCGGAAGAGCAGCGAAAGAAAGCUGCGAAACACCAUAGGGACUGAGGGAGAUGCUUUCUUCUCACUACUGGUCAGCCAAACGCAAAGCAGAAAAGAAAAGCUUGUCUUGCUUGAAUCGUAGUUGCAGUAGUCGUCGCUUGUUUGCCGACCAACGGGCUGCAAAUGGCUGAUUACGUCGCAUUACUGAAGGACCAAGGAGAAGCCGUAGAAGAUGAAGAGCCCAAGGUUAAGAGAAGAAGCAGUCGCAUCGCCUCUCUCGACGUCUUCCGUGGUCUUUCCGUCUUCCUCAUGAUGUUGGUUGAUUAUGCUGGUCCAGUUCUUCCUUCCAUUGGCCAUUCCCCAUGGAAUGGUCUACACUUGGCGGACUUUGUGAUGCCUUUCUUUCUUUUCAUUGCUGGUUUUGCUCUUGCACUUGCUUACAAGAAUGUAACAGACAGAGUACUGGCUACACACAAGGCGGUGCUAAGAGCAGUGAAACUCUUCUUUCUUGGUAUUUUUCUUCAAGGUGGUUAUUUGCAUGGAACAGCUUCCUUGACUUUUGGUGUUGAUAUUGAACGGAUACGCUGGUUUGGCAUUUUACAGAGAAUAUCUAUUGGAUGCAUAGUUGCUGCUUUAUGUGAAAUUUGGUUUCCCUGUAAAAUCCAAAGGGAAGGUCGGCUUUUCAAGGGUUCUUAUUUGCACUGGUGUUUGGCUUUUGCAUUAUUGACCAUAUAUACGGGGCUAUUAUAUGGUUUAUAUGUUCCAGAUUGGCAAUUUAGACUGCAACGCUCAACCCCUUCUGUGCUGUCAUCAAAUGACAGUGAUAUUAUUUACAGGGUGAAGUGUGCAGUUAGAGGUGACCUUGGACCGGCAUGUAAUUCUGCUGGAGUGAUUGAUCGUUAUGUUCUUGGUGUUGAUCAUCUAUAUAGAAAUCCUGUUUAUAGAAAAUUGAAGGAAUGCAAUAGUUCCAAGAGUGGCCAAAUUUCAGAUCCUUCACCUUCAUGGUGCUAUGCUCCUUUUGAUCCUGAAGGCAUUUUAAGCUCCUUAACAGCUGCUGUGGCCUGCAUCAUAGGACUCCACUACGGCCAUGUCCUUGUACAGUUAGAGGACCACAGGAGUCGGCUUCUUCAUUGGAUAUCACUUUCAAUUUUUCUGUUAUCCCUUGGUUUUUUGCUGACCUUUCUAGGAAUCCCCCUAAACAAACCUCUAUAUACAAUCAGUUAUCUGCUUGUUACAUCUGCUUCUGCAGGGAUAACUUUUUGUGUUCUGUAUUUACUGGUGGAUGUUUGUAAUUACAAAUGGUUGGCAUGUUUGUUGGAGUGGAUGGGAAAACAUUCUCUAAGUAUCUUUAUCCUUGUGACUUCUAACUUGGUUAUCAUUGCAAUUCAAGGAUUCUAUUGGGUUUCUCCUGAAAAUAACACUAUUCAUUGGAUUGUAUCACACUUUGUACGAUAAUCUAUAAUUACUUCUAAGAUGUAUGAUAUAUUCUGUGGGAGGUAAUGCCAUGUCUCAUGAAGUUCUAUUUUCUCCUUUUUCAAGUGUUAAUGAAAACCAAACUCAGUAGAAAUUGAAUCCUUGAGAAGAUCAAGUUUGAAUUGCUGACUUUUUGGAAAUUUCAUGCCUCCCUCAGAAAAGAACUGUGGCAUGUAGAUUUUAUGGACGACUGGGCUACAACCUUCCCAUUAUAUUUAUGGAAUAUGAAUAUACAGCAUUUUGAAGGAGUCCUGUUCAGCUCCAAAUAAAUGCAGAAUUUUGCCCCUUUCUCGUUCUUCACAAAUGCUGUUACUUCAGCAAAACCGCAAAUUAGUCUCUUUGGUGCAGUACUUCUCCAUGGAGGGUCUUUGCAGUGGAACCUCCAUAGGUUUUCUGCGCUUUGAUAACAACCCUAAUUUCAUUAUGACAACUAUGUUUUCAGCCUAGAAUUUUUCCAAGUUCUCUACCAUGUUAAACAAAUUUCUUCUAUACUGCACCAUUGUAAAGUCUUUAGAAGUUUUUUUCCCACACUUCUUUAGAAACAAAUUAUAAUUGCAUUAAUUUCUCAUUUGUAAUUCCAACCAUGGAGACCAAGCACUUUAUGCUUAUGUUAACACUGCAAAAAGACAUUUUGGAUAGUGUCUGUUUUGUUGAAACUGGAUUUUCCUUACGUCUUGCAGCUUCUGCAACUUAGUUAAAGUUGUCUUACUCAACCCUUCAAUGGCACUUUUGUGUCGUAUAUUGUACAUCCAUUUGUAUAAUUUCUUGGGAAAGAAGAGUAUACAUUAAUUUCCUCAAGCCUUGAAUUCAAAAUUACAGUCGCUAUGUAACCAUGCUGAUUAAAGUGUUUUAUGGAACUACAAGAUUGUUGGGGAGGAACUGGAUCUGGGAUACAAAGUUCCAAGCAGUAAGGCUUGACCACUCACUAUGAGCAGGAAAUUUUUGUUGCUAAAUCAGUGAAGGCUUGAGGCUCAGGUCUAAACAGGGCAUUGUCCUUGCUCCUACUCCAAUCGGCAUGACUAUCUCUUUAGGCGAAUAAAUUGCAAAAGAGACUGGAGUGAGGCAGAAGCAUUCAUUGCAUCAUAGUUUGAUGAUUUGCUCAUGUUACGUCCUCGCAAGUGGAAUCAUCCGGGUAGCUUGUUCACCAAGCAGGAUGUUGGCCAUGUUAGCAUCUCCGAAUUCCGAUACCACCCUCUAUGUCGAUUAUGUUGGUCGUAUCCUUUUGCUCUGGAUUCUUUUUUAUCUAUUGACUAUUGAAAGUGAAGAAAAGGACCGGUAGAGAUGAUCUACCUUUGACUGAGCCAAUAGGACAAUAGAAGGAUGAAGUGGGGAAGUGAACCAAGUAAUGGUUUAUCAAAUAAUGUCUAUUUGCCAUUAAACCAAAGUAUGUUCUUUCUUUGGGAAACAAUUGCAGAGAUGUUGAUGUUAUCAUAUUAUAUUGAGUAUCUCGUCUUUCUCAGGUUUUGU